AUGGCUGAGGUUCUAUGCCCCAGUGUUGAAGUUGAAAUAACGUUCAUCAGCUCGCCGCAAUCAACUUUGUUUUGCUCGCGUCCCGAUGCAGCAGAGAGCAGAGAACUCUUGCCCGCAUCUAUUGUACUGUGCAACAGAUUCCUGUCAGGGGCAAGCACAGAGCGUGCGCAGAGUACCAAUAAGUUACACCCCUUACAAAUAACAACAAUAUUAUCUAUUGUCGUUUAUUUUUUGGUAAAAUGGGCAAGCAACAUUUUUGUACUAUGUCAGACGUGUUGCUACACUCUUUCGGCUAUAUUGUCGUUCUUCUACUUCAUCCCAAUUGCUGUAUGUCGCGGAGACUUCAACGGAAAAUGCAUAUUGUACACAACAGGACACUGGGAUGAGACUACGCCUACCAAGCCUCGUUAUAUCAUUGGUGACCCCGACUGGGGACCGUCAAGCAACUGCGGUUACGCCAUUUUUAUGGGAGUAAUAUUAAUGUUGCUCUCCAUCGUGUUGACCUGGAGAAUGGGUGUUCUUUUGCUAAAGGAAAUUGACGAGACCUUCCGGAGUGCCCUAUUGAAUCUACUGGGAAGUAUCGUCAUCCUUAUCAUGCAGUUCAUGGCAUGCCUCGUUGUGACUGUAGGGUACAACCGAUGGUGUAACGGAUUGUUGGCAAGACCCAACGGCUAUGACUCGUGCAGCCUUGCAGCUCUUGGCUUCAGUGACUAUGCUGAAGUUGGAUUUAAAGUCGACAGUACCCCUUUCCCGAUUCAAAUGGGAAUGGCAAAGUUCGGUGCCUGGUUGCUGCUAAUAGUGUGGGCAUGGAUUGUGGCACUAGCUAGUGUGAAGCUGUAUCGAUUCCAUCAGGAGGAAUCUUUCCUCACCAGCAUAGCACGUGAGCACGAACGUCUGAUACAGUCCAGAGGAGGAACCAAUGCUUCGAUCUAAGAACACCCAUCUACUGUUACUAAUUCAGCACGUGUCGGUGAAGCGAAAAACAACUGGCAUGGGUAUAAUGAGGUAUAUGGACAAAAGAUUCUCAGCACGGUUUAUUUGAACUGCUAUUUAGGUUUAUGUCUUGCACAGAAAAGCGUUGAUUGUGCUUUGCUUACUGUGUGCUUUUUGAAUGUCAAGCAUGAUGAACUGGAGUUUACUUUUUGCAUCUUUAUCACUUAAUUUAGGUGCUUUACUUGACAUGCCUCUGUUUUUCUUUGUCGUCUCCCCCAAUCCACAUCACUACUUAUCAUCUGGCAAAGUUGACGUUUUGAUUAUUUAUUUGUAUAGCUUAACUUCAUGCAAUAAUCAGCAGUACUAUAAAUGGUCAGCAUGCUAGUAGCUGGUAACUAGAGGCUCGUGGCUAAGAGCGAAGAGAGAACUGAGACAUAAUUUCCAGUUUUUAGGCUUGAUGUCACCAUCCGACAUCUGUCAUGUGAUAGUGUUCUUCUAAACGACCUGAUCUUUUUAUAGACACGUGUUUUUCUUUUUAAUCUGCCUCCUCCCCAAGGUUUAAUUCAGUGUACAACAGCUCUAACGGCCUAACAACAAUACGACUAUUUCUAUAGGAAAUGUGUCAAUGAGCAUAUUCAGUUUUUUGUUGCUGUAGCAGCGUUUACAUUCAUGUUUAAAAGAAACUGUUUGUAGCAUAUUUAAGAGGUUUUCUGAGAAAUCAUGCAAUCCUCUGCAUUCCUGGUGUUCUUAUAUGAUGUGCUGUUGACCAGCAUAAGCCCUGGUUUGGAUACCAGAGCAAAGCAGUGCGAAAAUGACUGAAUCAAUGUUGAAUCUGAGUUGUAGCAAGCAGCAACAAGAGUACUAAUUGUCCAAGCAUUCCUGCUCUGUGUGUUGAGUCUAACAAGAAAAUCUCCAUAUUAGUAAGGUGAUCGAAGUGGUAGUGUAAGUGUUUAUUUUUAGAGUUUGUGGAGAACAUGUGCUAUGCUACAUUAUAAACACAUAUAUAUGAUUCUGUUAGUUGCUCCCCAUAUAUAGUGUAACAGUACUGGCAGUUGAAGCAGUUGAACAUCUCUGUUAUGACAACAAUGGGACCUGCAUUCUGGCAGAAUUGGGAAAGUUUUUUGUUGGGAGCUAAUUCCUGUCAAUGUUCGUUAAGCUCAUUUAAGCACAGCCUAUAUGCAUAGCAUUUCAGUGUCUGCGUAUUUUUAGGAUUAUGGCUGUUUUGCGCACGUGGGAAAAGAAACGAGUGUAGUAAUAUAUGCAAAUAACACAAAUAAUUCACUAUACUCUGUACACCCCAAACGCGAACGCAACCUUAUUUAUUCUUACAUUCUGGUGUAUCUGGACUAAAUCCUGACUGAAAUUGUCUUGGGAGAUGGGUGGUGUCUUAGGUUCAUCGGUGUGAUAUCCAGGGAUAUGGUAGCCGAACAACCGGUGACCUGGUAUCUGAUCAGAAUGUUGUAACUACAAAAAGAAUGGAACCGGUCAGUGAUGGAUGUCGCGCUACAUUGGAAUGUCCGAUAAAUGAGUUUAAACUGAAUUACGAUAUAUUACAAAAAAAUAUAUAGUUGCACUUUUUAUUGCCGUACGACAAAAUUAUUUUCGAAUGAACAUUUGUAAAUAUAUGUCAAUAUAUUUCACAAUAUUUUGAACGUAUUGAGAUCAAUAUGCCAUAUUUUUAAUAGUAUUGGCACGUGUAAAUGAAACUUUCUAUGAUUGUUAGCUUAAGAAUGCGUAGGACGGUGCUACCUGCAUACAUUAUAUAAAUUACAUAUUUUAGACUAUCGUCGACCUAAUUGCGCAUAAGUGCGUAAUUGCAUCAUGAAAAUAUGUAUACUGAAGGACAUUCGGGAUACAUAUGAUGUUUAAGGGCUGCUUGAAUCAACGUGUUUAUUUUUCAUAUCGUGUACGGUAGCUCAGUUGAUGCAUGCUUGUGCAAACGAUUUUCUCCAGUGAAAGUUUCAGUAGCAAUGCGUCGUGAAUGCACCAAAUAUAUGAAACUUGUAAGUCAAGGUGAUUGAUGUACAUGAUUAUACUUUCGGUAAAAAUACGAGUUGAUUGUAGGCUACUAUUUCAUAUUGUUUUCAAUCUGACUGGUUCGAAUUGCCUGUAAUUUGAUUUAUAUAUUGUGCUUUAUCUUUAGCCAGUUAUGUUUGCAAAUGAUUCUAAAUCGAAUAUUUGGAAUAAUCAGAACAUUGUGUUUGUACAUACAACUUGUAUGUCCGGAUGAAGCUUCGAGUCUAUGAAAAUACAUGAAUUUACCACCAAGACAACAUAAACAAUUAAAAUGUGCAUCCUGUAUGUAGUAAUCUCAGCUGUAGUUGACAUUAUUAUUGCAGUUUAUAAGGUGAUGGAAUAUAGUAAAGGACAGAACGUAAUCGAUAAAACAGCACGUCUACAUAUAUUAAAAAUUGCGUGUAUCUAGA